AUGGUUGGAAUUAAUAGUGAUUAUCAGUGCGACAUCAAGUAUCAUCCUGAAAAGGCCAAAGUGGUAGCUGAUGCUUUAAGUCGCAAGAGCAGACAAGAAGCUUCAUCUGUUCCGUCAUUAGAAGUAUCUCCUAUGAGAGGAGUAAGUCAUUUCGCAGUGAAAAGCAAGUUAAGUCCGAGAUACGUGGGACCUUAUGAGAUAGUGGAGAAAGUGGGAGUAGUUGCAUAUUGUUUGGAAUUACCAACUGAGUUCCAUGGAAUUCAUAAUGUUUUCUACGUGUCUUCUUUGAAGAAGAGUUUUGGGAAUCAGACACCAAUGAUAGUGGAUCCCGAUAGUAUACCCUUACAAUCCAACUUGACCUAUGAAGAGAAGCCGAUGCAAAUUAUUGACUGGAAAGAUAAAGAGUUGUGGAACUGUAAGAUCCCAUUGGUCAAAGUACUUUGA